GGCUCCGCCCCCGUAGCCCCGCCCUCCCUGUGUUUUUAGACUGCCUACCAGCGCAGCCCGAGCCGCUCAGUGCCGGUCAGCGGGCGCCGAGAAAUGGACCAAAUGGACCAGUUUUGACAAGAUGUAGUGCGACUGCACUUCCGGUUGGACAUGUUCAGUCAUGGCAUCCGAAAUCUGUAAGACGAUCUCUGUGGCCAGGCUUGAAAAGCACAAGAAUUUGUUCUUAAAUUACCGGAAUCUGCACCAUUUUCCACUGGAGUUACUGAAGGAUGAGGGGCUGCAGCACCUGGAGAGGCUCUAUAUGAAAAGGAACUCCCUUACAACCUUGCCAGAAAACCUUGCUCAGAAGCUUCCAAACCUUGUGGAACUGUACCUUCACUCAAAUAACAUAGUUGUGGUUCCAGAAGCCAUCGGGUCCCUUGUGAAACUCCAGUGUCUGGAUCUCAGUGACAAUGCCUUAGAGAUCGUUUGCCCAGAAAUUGGUCGCCUGAGAGCGUUGCGUCAUCUUCGAUUAGCUAAUAACCAGCUACAAUUCCUACCUCCAGAGGUUGGCGAUUUGAAGGAGCUGCAGACACUAGACAUUUCUAGCAAUCGCUUGCUAGCUUUACCCGAGAGGCUUCACCUGUGCCUUUCUCUGCAGUACCUCACUGUGGACCGCAAUCGGCUAUGCUGUGUGCCGCGCCAUCUCUGCCAGCUGCCCAGCCUCAAUGAGCUCUCCAUGGCUGGAAACCGUCUUGCAUCUUUGCCCAUUGAUUUAGGUCGCUCCCGAGAACUGCAGUACGUGUAUGUGGAUAACAACAUCCAGCUGAAGGGCCUGCCCUCGUACCUCUACAACAAAGUCAUCGGCUGCAACGGCUGUGGCAUCCCCAUCCAAUUGUCAGAGGUGAGGCUGCUGACAUUUUCAUCUGGGCAGCUGACUGUCUUCCUCCCAGCAGAGGUGAAGACAAUAGGCACAGAGAGUGAUCAUGUCCUGCCUCUGCAAGAACUGACCAUGCGGAGUCUCUACCGCACCUACCACGGGCUUUGGAAAGAUCUGAACUUUUUGUCUCCAAUCUCAUUACCCAGAAGUCUCCUGGAGCUGCUGCACUGCCCCCUGGGGCACUGUCACCGGUGUAGUGAGCCCAUGUUUACCUUCGUCUAUCCUAAGCUCUUCCCCUUGAGAGAGACGCCGAUGGCAGGCCUGCACCAGAGGAGGACAAGUAUUGGCUUUGUGGCUUACUGCUGCUCCACCCAGUGUCUGCGGACUUUUAACCUGCUGUGUUGAUAAACACUCAAGAGCCUUAGGAGCACUGCCAGCUCAGCCACUGCAACUGCCUUCCAUCGCCAGUGUGUGCGGCUGGGCCAGGAGAGACAGACCCUUCCAUCCUGCCUGCCCUGUCCUGAGGAGGGCUGUGCUGAACUCUGGGAAUGUCCUGAUUGGGCUUCACAACUAAAAGGCCUUCGCUUUUCCCUCAAGUUGGAAUACAUCCUCCCCCAAAUUAAGGACAUGUUGUCUUCUGUGUUUUUCUUUGUAUGUGAGUGUGUCUCAUAUAUAAACUCAGUCAAAUGAGCUUCCCCACAUCUAAUUUAAACCGAGCUGCAGUUCCCUGAAGAACUCUUAAUUUGAUAAUAGAACCAAAUUAACUGUUGGAUGACAUACGUUUGGUGAUGAUCCUGUCUUUCCCCAGAGGAUGAUUUCCCCUGGAGAUUAUUCUUAGGAGCUUCUCCAUUGGAAACUUGUCACUUUCUAGAGUCUCUGCAACGCCUGUGGCCUCAGCAGCCAGCAUAGCAGGGCAGGGUGCCCGGGCUGGAGCAGUUAGGCUCCUGCAGAGGCACAGCUGGCUCCAGAGCACACGCCCUCUGGAGACUUCCUGUCUUAUUUCUAAGUUUUGCAACCUAUGAAGACGUUUUUUUGAGAGGAAUUUAAAAACAAAGAUGUAGACACAAAUUAAAUAUACUUUUGUUCUAAACUACUACAGAAAAAGACGUUUUGAAUUUUUUUUUUUUUUUUGCUAAGAUUUUCCUCUAAUUGGGACGUUUGAGGCAUCUGAUCCUGUGCUGUGGAUGGGGCUUAGUGGUAUUUACCUGGUACAUGAAAUUGCCUUCAUUUUCCUCUGACUUCUCCCCAGAGAAACAGAAGGAAUGAACGGGUCUACAUUCCACCUUUGCAAAAAUCCCAUGAGCUUUCCCUUGCCAGAGAGAUGAGCUCUCUGGGGAGACAGCUGAUUGGCUCUUCCUCUGAAAGGAUGCCGCCGUAAUCUGCUUUACUUUCAGGUGUUGGUUGGGCUGCUUUGGGGGGUAGAAGUUCUCUGUUUACUGGUAUGAUUUAUGUAAGACAAGACUGAAAGGGAAAUCAAGAAGGCUUGCUUGGUGGAAAAGCUAUUUCCCAAAACUUUGGUUGGUGACAUUUUGUUAGCCAGCCUGACUGUAAUUCUAGGCUCUAACAGUGCCAAAAAUCCUACAUAGUUACUGACAAGUGUGUGAUCUCUUUGCAGUCACACCACCUGCUGCCUGAAAAGCAGACUCUUCCAAGUAAUGGCAGAGGCAGAAAGCGGCCAUGCAUGCCAUGUGUGGCCACUGUCCCUACUUCCUCCCGUCCCUUUCACAACUUGCUCUGUUCAGCCUUAAUAUUUCAAAGGCCUACAGUAUAAUAGGAGCUGAGCAUCUGGAUCAAAUGUACCUCUUCUUUCAUCCUUCAGAAUAAUGGGAGUUUCAGCACAACCCCGACAUGUAUAUAAGCUGAAGGCAGGAAAAUGUGGCCUGACACUUCACAUACGUGCUUGACUUAAAUGAACGACAGGGAAACACAGGGCUGCAUCUGUGUUUUGCCCUCGACCAUCUUAUGUCUUAAGUGAAGCUAUGAAAUGUCACCCUGAUACUCAGGAAUUCUCAUUGAGAGAAGGUGUGGGAUACUUUUGUUCUAACUUGUUUAAAUUCUUAAUAAAGGUGUUUACACUCCA